AUGGAUGAAAUUAUCGACGAGGACGCAGACGAUGUCUUUGACAAAUCCAUUGUGGGACAGAAGCCAGUUAUCACCUAUGUAGCUAUUCUAAUGGUGGUAGGUUUCUUUGGCAACAUACACGUUCUGGUCGUGUUCUCAACACAGUUCAAGAAAAACAGUAAUUACGUAAUUUUCGUUUUGUCACUUGCCGUGAUCGACUUUCUGAUGUGUUCUGUUCACAUGCCACUGGAAAUUCUGGACCUUCUUUAUCCAUACGACUUUUACGACUCUGUCACUUGCAAAUUGUUCCGAUCAAACCAAUCCAUACUGACCAUUACGUCAAUCUUGAUCCUUAUUCUGAUAGCAAUUGACCGUUACCGACACGUCUGUCAUCCAAUGAGAAAUCAGUGGUCGGUUUCUGGCGCCAAAAGAAUGAUCAGAUUCUGCGUGCUGCUUGCUAUUGUUGUUUCUAUUCCAGUACCUUUGCUGUUUGGUCUCGAAACUGUCAAAGUAUCGAAAAACGCGACAAAAACGAUAUGUUUCUUGGAAAACGAAUUGGGUAUGGAAUACGUUCUUCCUGUGGUUUAUAUUUUAUUUCUAAACUUUGCUUUUGUUUGCGGUUUAGUUGUUUUGCUAUUCACUUACAUCUCUAUUGGAAUCACCACAAGGAGACGAGCAAAGGUGCACAUGAUGAUGGCGUCAUUGAUGCUUCCCAAAAAUCACGUCAGAACGUCACAUACGAAAUGUUACUGCCUCAAAUGUUUCUCGUGUAAGAAACUCAGCCGUGUUCAGCAUCAUUCACUCAAAAGUAUAGAUCACAAAAGAUUUUAUCAAACCUUAUCAAGACAAAGAACUACUGUUUUUGGGCGAUCUUCCUCAAAAGACAAUAAAAAAGCAACCAAGGUUCUUUUUUGUGUGACUGUCAUUUUCAUCGUGUCCUACCUGCCGUAUGUCACUCUAGGCCUUCUGUUGACCCUAGGCCAUGAUCUACAGAAUUUCCUUGCGGAUCCUGGAAUUGUGAUGUAUCGGCUCAGCGUCAGGUUGUUGUUGAUUAAUCACGUGUGUAACUGUUUUGUUUACGGAAUAUUUGACCAGAGGUUUAAGACAGCCUGUUUUCAGUUCUACCUUAAUUUGUAUAAUCGUGCCAAGAUGAAAUUAACUAAAGGGUGUAAAAGAUGA